AUGGCGAAUGUACAAGGAACAAUUCUUUCUGACAUGAGUCGAAGAGUUGCGAAGAAAGAAGAGGUUAGGGCUUUGGGACAGUUACAGUUGGAAACUGCCAAGCACGCCCUUCAGGCCGAUGCAAUCGGAAGGACCCAAGAGGGUCUGCAAGAUUGGAUUGCUAGCUUGAAUCUCCUGAAUGAAGCACCGAAAUCCCGAGAGAUUUUAGUAGGCGUCAUUGGAGAAACCGGCUUGGGAAAGAGUUCCCUAAUUAACGCACUUCUUGGCUGCAAUAUCGUUCCUACAAGCAGCUCAGAGGCAUGCACUGCAGCUGUGUGUGUCUUCGGGUGGAACGACGACGUCUCGAAUGGCAAAAACUUCCGUGCCCGUAUCACAUUCAAGUCUUACGAGACAGUUGAAGCAGAGCUGGAUGCACUCGAAUACGAGUUGAGUGACCUAGACGAGACCAUCAAAGCCCAGGGAGAGAACCCAGAUCAAGAAUUCGAAGAGCGGCGUGCCCAAGCAACCCGGCAGAUGAAGAAUGUCGCCAACUGGUCGAAGCUCAGUCUAGAGGCAAUCAGAAAAUCAUCUCCUACACAGAUCAUUGCGAAUUCGGCAGCCUUUGCUGACAUUUUCACAAGCAGAAGAGGUGACCCGGCGGCUAAUACUUUCAAGCUCGUCAAAGCCGUCAAGAAGCAAGACUUCUUAAGCAUUUUGAAGCCCUACGUCUCCAGCUCGAAAGAGGUGCCAUCGGCCACGAGGUAUUGGCCUCUGGUUGAGCAAGUCGAGAUAUUUUUGAGAGCCGGCAUACUUCAGCAAGGUAUCAAACUCGUUGAUCUGCCAGGUGUGAUGGAUGCUCUCGAAUCUCGCGCCAAGAUUGCACGCAGCUAUAUGUAUCGCCUUGAGAAGAGGAUUGUUGUGACGCCCUCGACAAGGGCUGCAGACAAUAGAGCGGCUGCCGGCCUCGUUCUCACGGAUCGCGAAACUAUGUUCUUGGACAUGGAUGACAUGCUCAAGGGUGAUUCCCUCUGUGUGGCAAUAACCAAGGUUGACGACAUUGAUGACUUAGCCGCGGAAAGCGAGUUUCCCACCCCAGAGAUACUUGCAAUCUGCGACGAGAUCAACAUGCGCGAUGGAGAUGAUGACGAUGACGCUGAAGAGAGCGGAGACGAUACCAUCUACGGCAGUACUAUGAAUAUGAGUUGCUCGACAGGUGGGAAGCGCCCCCGCGACGACAAGGUACAGGGUCGAAGUGCCGUGAGACAAAAAGUCGGCAGUGGUGAGGCAGAGAAUGGCCUGGCCCAUCUUAGCAUGGAAUCGCUCAAGUCGCUUCGCAAGCACAAGUGCAUCGUCGAGCGAAACAAGUUGUUGAAGCAAAGGGUGAUGGAGAACCUCUUGUACACCCGAAACAAGAACAAGAAGUCGCUCGCGAUGGCGUUAGCCGAUACUCAACCUUCGGUCUUCCCUGUCAGUAGUAGAGCGUUUCGGGCUUUCAAUUUGAGAGCUGUCACAAGCGACCGUGAUGGAUUCCCCGACCGAGAAUCCACCGGCAUCCCCGACUUAGAAAGCUGGCUACACCAAGUUUCUCUCCCGUACCGGGAAGAGUGGGUAGAUGGAGACAUUCACCAUAUGCAGGUCCUGUUUGACGCUGUGGAUGGAUGGAAUCAAAAUGACCAUCAUACAGCAUACUCUAGACUCUCCAGUGAUCAGAGGGUCGAAUUGGACAGAAACAUGAUCGUUCUCUGCAAUAAUCUCAAUGAUUCUAUCAAUGCAAAGGUUCGCGUUACCCUUCAGAGGAACCUUUCAGCCAUGCAGCCAUUACGCAAACUCUCUCUGAAGAGGACUCAUCUUGCCAGACAGUCGACCUCAAAAGAUCAGCCAGAGCUUGAACGAACCGUUGACCUAUUUACCCGAGCAGUCAAGGGAUGGGAAAGAAAGAAUCCCAGAGCAAAUGUCGCUGUGUCUUCUCGACACGAGAAGACUUUUUGGUCUACAUACCGAGCUUGCGUCAGGAGAAAUGGCGGUCCAUUCACCCGUCGUGCGAGAAGCGGACAACCAAAGUCAACUAUCUUCUGGAUGGAAGACGUAUCCCAUGCUUUCUGGCAAGGCCAUUUUGAUCAAUGGGCCUAUGAGUUUACUCGUCGAAUUCCGGCAAUGAAAGCGAAAAUUCGAGGAUCUGGUCUCAAGGCCUUUGCUGAAUGGGUCCGACAACUUUGCAACAACGAUGCGCUACCAAUCUCUUUCCGAGAGCAGGUGAAGACUAACGCUUUCAAACUGGAUCACCUUGUCGAGAAGUACCUGGCAGACGUGCGCGAGCGCGUCACUCAGUUCCAGUCAUCAUCGAGGGCGAAGAGAGACCCUGUGCAGAGGUCUCUGGCAAAUAUGAUGAAGCCCGGUUUCGAGGCGGCGAUCAAGCAUACCGGCUCGAGAUUGAUGGCGAGGCAGGUAGAGGACGUAGUCAAUCAUGCAAACAACAUUGGCUUCACCAUGUUCGAGACGGUACGCAACAACUUGGAGAAAGACCUCGCAGCCGACAUCAAUCACGUUUCUUCAGACAUAUCGCGUCUUUGGAAACAUCCCAACAGGGGCUGUGGUACGCUCAUCAAGGCUGAGCUGAACCGCAUCGCGAAGCGUCUUUCGGUGAAGAAGAUCGAGAUGAACCCGUCCACGAGUGUGAGCGCCGAGACAAAGCAGACGCUUCAUAGCGUCAUCGUUACUUGGCGGUCUGCAUGGCACAAAGUCUUCAUACGCCUUCCUGACGCGGGCCCCCCUGAUGAGUUUGAGGAAUUGGAUGCUGGUCAGGCUUCUGAGACUGCUGAUAAGAGUCGAGAAAUGGCCAAGAAAGAGGCUCUUGAGCUGAAAGUCGGUGAGAUUCUGACUCAGUCGGAGGAUGAGAAUGGGGUGCUUCCCCUCGGCGGCGUCAAGACGGAGCCGGCUUGA